GCAGGUUAAGAAACACGGAGGAAAAGCAUCAGGUGCAUCCUGAAGCGAUAUGCAAGACUUCGCCGUUUAGUUGAAAAGCUAGCAAUACUGCGUAUAGCUUCAGGCUGUCAUAUGGGCUGCCUGCUGUAAUAUCCUGAUCGCUUCCGGUCGUAGGUAAGGAGCUACCAGGCAGGAUAUUUCUUACUUCAGACCAAACAUGUCACCUCACAACCAACCUUCAGCCCAAACCGCCAAACCCAAAUCUAUCCAUCCGGAUCUACGAAUCCCCAGGGCAAACCUACAUCUCACAUCAGUUUCUCGCAAAUCACUCCUUCAGCCAGAGCAGCCUCAUAGCACGCUUGCGCCGCGGAUCGCUUACAUCUGCAUUCCUACAUGGUGGAUCAGUACUUUUCUCCUGCAGGGAAGGCUGCAACCAACAGCAAUUAUCUCCAGGGGGCAGAACACCGGCUCGCAUGGGCAUGCAGUAAUGCUUUCUGUAAUUGGGGAAGGCGCGGCCAGGGCAGCGGCGAGGAGAGUUGCGAGGACAAAGGUGAGCUUCAUGGUGAUUGAUGUUGUAGUCUGUGAAAUAAUGUGUUGAAGUAUGGUGAUGGAUGUUUAGUCGAGCGAACCUUUCGUCUUUUUAUGCGAAACAUGAUAUUCCGAGAGUCAGC